AUGGUGGGUAAAGAUACUUGGAAAGUUGUGACAGCUACAGCUUUGGUUUCUAUUGCAGCUAGUAAGUGUGUUGAGAUUGCUUGGAAAAAAUAUAAUUUCAAACAAGGUUCUAAAUUAGAAAAUAAAAUUGAAAAGGUUCUAGAUACUACGAAAUAUGAUGAUAAUCUAUUCCGUGAACAACUAGCUCGUAAUUAUGCAUUUUUGGGAGAAGAAGGUAUGCAAAAAUUGAAAGACCAAUAUUUUGUUGUUGUCGGUGCAGGUGGUGUAGGGUCUUGGGUCGUCACAAUGCUUGUCCGUUCAGGUUGUCAACGUAUUAAAGUUAUUGAUUUCGAUCAAGUUUCUUUGAGUUCCUUAAACAGACACAGUUGCGCUGAUCUACGUGACGUCGGCACUCCAAAAGUUGAAUGCCUAAAAAAUCACUUAUUAAAAAUUGCACCAUGGUGUAAUAUUGAAGCCGUUAAUGAACUUUGGACAAUAGAAAAUGCAGAUAGAUUAAUCUUCGGAGACGGUAAGCCUACUUUUAUCAUAGAUUGUAUCGAUAACAUCGACACUAAAGUAGACUUAUUGGAAUAUGUCUUUAAACACAAGAUAGAAUUAAUUUCAUCUGGUGGUGCCUCAACAAAGAGUGAUCCAACCCGUAUCAAUGUUGCUGAUAUGACUUUAACUGAGGAAGAUCCUCUAGCCAGAUCUGUAAGAAGAAGAUUAAAGAAAAGAGGUAUUACUACCGGCAUUCCAGUUGUAUUUAGUGCUGAAAAACCUGAUCCACGUAAAGCGCAAUUAUUACCGCUACCUGAUAAUGAAUAUGAAAAGGGCAAAGUUGAUGAAUUAAGUGCAUUGAGAAAUUUUCGUGUUAGAAUUUUGCCUGUUUUAGGUACCAUGCCUGGUAUUUUUGGUUUGACUAUUGCUACCUGGGUUUUAACAAAAGUUUCAGGUUAUCCAAUUGAACCAAUCGAAGGUAAAAAUAGAAUUAAAAUAUACGAUGGUAUUUAUCAAUCUCUGGCAGGACAAAUGACAAGAAUUGGCAUGCCAGAUCAAAGAGUGCCAAUUGCUCUAAGAGAAAUUGGAUAUAUUGUGGAAGAAAUGUUUAGAGGUAAGUCUCCAGUUAGUGGUUUUUCUACUCGUUUGGCUCUUUCUAAAUGGGAUCCAACUAAACCAGUCUCCUUACAAAAUGUUGUAUUAUUGACCAAAGAAGAACAACAAGAACAUGAGAAACGUGUUCUUAACGGUGAUGAAACGAUUGAAAGUGUCUAUCCCCAGGAAGUGAUUGACUUAGUCAAUCAAAGAUUUGCAGAAGAAAGUUAUUAUUCUCAAUUCAGGUAA